CUUGACCAUUUUUCUUUCUUCUUCCCCUCUCACAAGUUUUGCACACUAAAUACAAAGGCAAAAACCGACCUUUCAACUAAAUCAAGAUCUUCUUCUUUCUCUAAACCUCUCAUAUAAUAACGGUCCACAGAAGCCCAAGGUUUUAAGCAACCACAGAUUAACCCCAAAUGAGGAAUUAACUCCUUAGUAGCUGAUAUGUUAUUUUCAUGGAUUCUCAUCACGUUAAAUCUCACUUAAUUAGGUUAGAUUUCAAUUUUGAUUAAAAGAAUCGUUUAUUUCAUCGUGCUUUUUGGGUUUCUUUUUUUUUUAUAGGUGGAAAGUAUACUUUGAAUCAAAAUCUUUCGAUGUUAAAAUCAGAGUUCCCUACUAUGGACUUGCACUACUCUGUUUUCUUUUGCUUCAACGUGAAAAAAGGACAAGAACAGAUUGAUGGUUUAUAUCGAUGUGUAUACAAAAAGAAGUUUAUGGUGAAUGCCCAUUUUUAAUACGUUGAAGAUGAGUUCUUUUAAUGUAUUUCUCUUUCAAAUGAUGUUCACUCUUUGUGGAUUUUUCUCGGUCUUCAUCUCUGCUCUGUUUGAAUUCUUAAGCGAAGUUUUCUCCAGGACUCAGAGAUAUACUAAGCUUUCUCAAUUAACCAAUCCAAUUGAAGAGAAAACAGAGGAAGCUAAGCCUGAUGCUAUUGAAUUGAAGGGUCAAGAAGAAGAAGAAGGAGAAGGAGAAAUGUUUGAAGAAAAGCCCGAGUCACCAAAGUUUGUUUUCAAGUUUCAGUUUCAAACUCAGACAUUUGAAGAAUUGAGCAACAAGUUUAGAGAUGAUGAGAAUGAUUACGCUAUUGGCCUGGAAUCUGAUCCUUCAAUAAGCACAACAAACACGUAUGAGUUCAAUCCAGGGAUUGAUUUCAGCUUCGUAAUGGAGAAUCCAAAGGAUUCCAGCUUUUGUGUCAAUGAUGGGUUGUUUCCGAAACAAGAUCUCUCGGAACAAAACAUGAAUCUGAAGCUGAUAUCGUUGAAGAAACGACAGAGAAGGAAGAACAAAUAG